AUGGAGCGAGGGUAUCCACAGAACAAGACGUACGAGCUGUUCAGCCCCUCUGUUUUCGGAAAUGAUGACAAGGGCACCAUAGAGAAGAGGAAACCGACCGAUUCCGCCUUCUUCUGGCGGAAAGCAGUGUUCCACGCCUAUGUUACGAUCGAGUGGGUAGACAAGUGGAUGGAGGUGGAUAUGAGGCGUUUCUUGGCCAGGGUGAAGAAGGAGCUUCGGCCGCUGUCGUUUAAUGGGACGGCGGCAUUCAUCAACUUUCCUGACCGAGACUUCCCCACAAAAUUCCACGAGCGGGCAUAUUAUGGGGAGAAUCUCGCUGCACUUCGAGAAGUCAACAAAAUGUGGGAUCCGCAAAACCUUCUUGCUUGGGCCCAGGGCGUUCGGCGUCCAGGUGAUCCUGAGGAGGAUAGGGGACGUGGUGAUGAGGAUGACGAUGAGGCCAAGGCUGAUAAGCUGGCUGUCGAGCAGUGGGAGAAGCAGGUGUGUGCGGUUCCUGAGACAAAGGAUAUGAAUGCUGAGUUGAAUGAGCUUGCGAACUUGGGCUAUGAUGACUUCUCAGAUUAG